UGUCAGACUGAUAUCAAAGAUUUCAUGGAUACCCUACCAAUUCAUGCUUCGACUUAGCUGCAUCAUUGCUUCUUCCUUGACGCGCUCGGUCCUCUCCUGGACCUUCAAGGCCUCGUCUUGCGCAACAUUGCCUACCCCACCAACCAUGCGGUUAUAUCUCUGCCGAAAAUCUUGUUUUUCAACCAACGAGCGGAGCGCAAAGUAAUACUUGGCAUAAGAACUAAGAUGCAGAAACGACAUGAGCAUGUAUGUUGGUGAGUAAAAAUACAACUAAAAAAGCGCAAAAUAGCCGACCAGAACUCACCUGCUCGAUAUGUAAAGAUCCCACUUGACACUUCGAAGAAAAUUCAGUUCCAGUUUGUUGAUUGCUUCCAGUGAAAAUUGUGGAUACACGCUCGAAAACUCAAUGUUCCAAGAGGAAAGAUCUUGCCACACCUUCGAUGCAAGCAAAAGCCCGCACAUGAAAAUGGGACGCCAGGUACAAGCCAACAGCGGAACCUUCGCCACUUCCAUCAAGCGCUCAACGUAAAUAAGGCAAACAAUCGAACAUUCCGAGGAAAGUUGCACCGACUUGAAAAGCUGGUGACCAAACUCGUAGAUUUCUGUUUCGGUCGGGAUCGAGUACUGGACCUUGAUCUUUCGCAACCCGUAGACCAUCCCGGGUCGUGCCAUCGGAAUUCUCGCCAUGUUGCACUUAAACGUCGGUGUCCGGUAGGCAUCCUCGUUAAAAACUUCUCGCAUGGAUGCAUGAAAGAGACCAUCCCUUGUGGUUGCUUUCCUGCGUGCCGGGCUACUGCUAAAUCCACUCCUCUGGUGCUCGUCAAAACGACUCUCGAUCUUCACAAUGUGCCGCUGAAGGAUCAUUGCAACCCGCCGCAGGGCGUCCCGAAAAUUGGGGCGCUGUAGGGUCCCCAUGGGCGACGACAUUUGCUGGACACACGGUCGCGCCUCCGCCGCCUUGUACUUGAUCUUCUUUCGCUCGAUGCGCGGAGUGUAGGCGUCCGACGACGGACGAAACAUUUCGAUCGUCUUGGAUUUCGACUUCCUCGUCUUCCCUUUAGAAUCAUAGGACAAUCGUACCUUUCUAUUCGUUUUCGAUUUUUUGGAAUUGCUGUUCAGGUCAGCACUAGUUUUUUUUGGAUUGCUAGCUUUUGUAUCGAUUGUCGCAUUUGUGUUGUCCUGUGAUGAAAGAUUUCCAUCGAUUGAAUAAAAAUUAUCGGAACGUUUCCUCGGGUUUGAUUUUUCCUCAUGUGAGCUGGAUAAUGUCGACAAAUUCGUCUCCUCCUCGCUAUUGUGCUUCGUAUUAUUGGAUUUUUGGUGUGUUGUACCCUGUGAAGUUCCAUCUUGGACAAUGUCUUCUUUUCUCUGUUGGUCUUUCAUUUGGUCUGUCCCUCCGACAGCACCUGGCAAUAYACCUUGCAGGCCAGAGUAUGUUGUCGUUCUAGUUUUCUGCUGCUUGUUGUGAUCGACUCGAUAGGGACGCGCCGGUGGAACCAGAAUCGACUGCACCAUCCCCGGUGGGCCUCCAGGCUUGCAAAAUUCUUUCGAGGGAGUCAAAAAUCGUUUGUUCAGAUUGGUCAACGAGUUGCAAUUUGCGCGUUCCAACGAUCCAAUGGCACUAUACAGAACGGGUUGUUUUAUCAGUGAAAGCGUUGCAGUGCUCAUCGACCCCCUGCUGCUAUCAACACUUGCAUGCGAGCCAUCUACCGUCAUGUCUUCCGAACACGAAGAAGGCAGGGGGUGCGCCGUAGACACCGCACUCGAAUCAGUUAUCGCAUGUUUCAAGAGCGAGCCCGUCGCUUCCAUGUCCGGACUGGGGGACAGAUACCCAGCGACCUCGUCCAUGGCUGGAUUAUCGUUGUCAAUAUUGCCUGGUUCCUUUGGACUCCCUACCGAGGAAUGCGAAAGCGCCGGAGUGCCUUCAUUUGCGUACAGAGUCAGGGGCGGUGUAUGCGGUCGAUUCCAAUAUGGUUUCGUUCGAUUGGACAUUCGAUCUUCGCUCACCUGCAGUUUUGGUUUGUUUCCGCUGUUUGCAUUUGCACUUAAAUUUGAAAUUCUAUUUGCAUCCAAUAGUCGAGUGUGAAUGGUACCAACGUCUUCCGCAACCGAGGACAGCGAAUUUCUGUCGCUGGAGCUCGAUGCAGCUGGCAGUAUUAUUUGGUCGACAGCCUCGUGGCCAUUUUCCUCUCUGUAUAUAGCAAAGUUGGUGGGAUAAUGUCUAUCGCUGUGUCCAGCUUGUUCGAAAUAUUUUCUUUUCACGAAAUCUGUGUAAUCGAUCCGGUUGUCCCUGGAAAUAUUUUCCUGAAUGCCGGGGCUUUUUCGAUCACCGACGAUGGCAGCAGAGGCAGAGAAAUUCUUUGAAAGACCAUCCAUGGAGUCUGUAGCGUACGAUUGGGUGCCCGAGCCAUAGUGACCGACGCCCUGUUCAGAUUUGACAGCGCCCUGCUGGCGCGCAAGCUGCUGUCGAGGCAUCGGAGAUACUCUCKGUGCCAUUCUCCUACUCGCAAACCAAAAGACAACCGGGAACGAAUAGAAACCUCACCUCUUUCUUUGCUUCCGAACGCUCUAUUCUUUUCUAUUCUAGUCUAUCAUGUGAUUCUAUUUUUUAUUCCCAAUAAAAAGAUACUGAUGCC